GGGGCAGGGAAGCAGUGGCAAGAGGCCAGCUCUUUGCAACUUGUGGACAUGGAGGGACAGCGGCCGUCGCUCUGCCUUUCUGGUGUUUGUGGCCUUCUCAGCUACCCUUAGCUGCUUCCUCUCAAUCCUGAGUUCCCCUUUUUCUGUGGCCUGGCAGUCUGACGCUGCUGCUUCUCUGGAUCUGAUCUGCAACGAGGCGUUAAGGAAGCAGGAUGCCUGAGUUUAUCUCUGUUCAGGACUUUAUCUCCCAGACCCAAGAGGAUCUCAGCUCUCCGACCACCUCCUCCUUUUCCAGCCACAUGGGCAAAUGCAGGAACACCGUUUGCAGCCUAGAGGAGGUAAGAGAGGGUUCAAGGAAGGAGGUGGUGGCGGCUGGGCCGAAGCCAAAGCGGAGGGGGAGAUCUUGGGAUCCCAUGAGGAGAAUUUGCUGCUGGGUGUUCCUCACUCUGUGCAAGGAAAUAGACAAACUGAGGAGCGAAGAUGGGUGCAGCUAUUUUUAUUUAUUUAAGGAUUUGUACCCCACAUUUCCUUCAAAAGAGGAAGCUAAAAACAGCUUGCACAAUGUCCAUAGAGAUUAACAGAGAACAACCAAUUCCCAUAAAUGAGCUCAAAAAACCAAAUAGCACAAGCUUCAGGAGAACUUUUAUUCAAUACAAAACUGCCCAUCCAGCCAAUGAAAUUAACAGAAACCACUUCUUCUAAACAGGCAGUAUUCACUUGCCUUCUAAUGACCGAAGGACCAGAUCUGGGGGAACAGAUUCCAUAGCUAUGUUGCAGGCAAGAGCCUCUACUUGAUAUCUUGUCAAAUUUCUCCUCACUGACAGAAGGAACCCAAAGGAAGGCCCCUUCCAUGGGUACCAAAGUCACCUAGGAGAAAGCACAUCCUAAGACAUGCUGACUUGCCCCUUUGUCACAGUGACCUAGGACAUAAAAUUGCCUUCGGAAUUAUUCUCAUCCCUAUUCAGUGGCUUGGUGGCUUAAGUCCUUGUCCUCAGCAACUUUGCAUUUAUUAGAAGACUGGCAAGCAAGGCAAUUGUAUCCCUAGGGCCAAAAUGGGGCAAGAAAGCAUGUAUAGGAUUGCACUGUUGGUGUUAAAAGAAAUAAAUAAAUUGCACUGUUGUCCAUGUGAUCUAUCUGUUUGCUUUGCUCUGAUACUAACUAAACCACAUUGUUCUUACCAUCUAUAAGGGAAGGGCUGUGGCUCAGCGGUAGAGCAUGCAAAAUGUCCAAAUUUCAGAUCUCAGCCUCUCCAAGCAGUCCCAUGUCUAAAAACCUGGAGAGCUGCCUGCCAGUCAAAGUAGACAACAUUGACCUCGUUUCCUGUGUUCCUAUAGGGCACCCUUUCAAAAUGCAAUUAUAUCUCACAGCUAUCUGUGUAGGAGUGUGGGAGCCACCACCAAACUGUCCUCUGACUAACUUGAAACCACUUCUGCCCUUCUCACCUUCUCAUUUCCUCUUAUGAAAUCCGUUGCAUAUCUGCCCUUCAGUUUCCAAAUGUUGGGCUCAUUUGUGAAGCGAAAUCCAAAGGCCUGAUCAAAGGCCUGAUCCAAAUACCUGAUCAAGCUUUGCAUAAUGCAGUUUAGCAGAACCCACAAAACAGUAAAAGAGCCUUAGGGCAGUAUGUUAAGAUAAAAUGAAAAGCUGGAAACAGGAAACCAUUUGGAAAUAUGAAUAGUUUGAGGGCUGAAAAGAAAAGCUUGCACAUCAGGAAACGGAAAUGUUGCAUGAACUCAGUGUGCACGAGAGGCAGGAAUAUCGAAAGCAGCAUCCAUAAUUUCAAGAGAGCAGCUUUAGAAUGUUAAAGUAGUGAGGGUGAGGGGCACAAAGCUUUUGAGUUAUCCAGAGUUCCUCCUCAAAACAAUGGCGUGGGUAUACAGCUGGACGUGAUAUAGAAGACAACAUGAUUUGAUUUUCCAAAUAGAGGAGAGUGGUCAUUUACUGGUUUGUUUAUCCCAGUAGCCCUUGGGGCAACUUGAAUUCUGUUUUGCACCUAGAAAAAUAUAACCUUAUCAUGUAUAAUAAUUUUUGUAUAUUUAUAAACUUUGUUUUGCUUUGGGAGAGCAGCUUGUGCUUAGGAUGUCUUUUUCUUUUUUUCUUUAAUGCCUUUAGGCUUUAGAUUCUGAUCGAAUCGUUCUGCAAAAAAUGAGGAAAGCAGUGAAAGCAGAGCACACAACUGGACAAGGUCAGACUGUCAUUGGGGAUGUGCUAUGGGCUGCCCAGCCCAGAGGCCCUGAGAAUUUUCCUGUACCUUUAAGGGUUGCUUAAAAGGGCUAAUUUUACCAGUGUCCACUUAUCAAUUCUUAUAGGAAGACGAUCCCUCUCAGAGUCUUACAAUGCAAUAUUAUACAUGUCUACUAGUCCUAUUAAAUCCUAUUAAAUUAAUUGAAUGGUAAUAAUUGCUCUUUGGCAAGUAUGUAUAGGGUUGCAGACAGAAUUUGGCAACCAUAGAUGUAGUUGAUAGGAUAAGAUCUUGAAAGACACAUCUUGCUUUUAUGCAUACACACACCUGUUUAAACAAGCAUUCCCUAAUCUCCUGACCGGAGCCUCCUGUUUUAAUAGUUCUAAUUUGUUCUUUAAAUUGUUGUGUUGUUUUAAUGGAUUUCUUUUAUUGCAUGCCAUCCCAAUCUCCUAGUGUUGUGAGAUUCCAGGCGCUUACUCAGGGUUCGUGUUUCCUUUUGGAAUGAGUCACAGUGGAGACUGUGGGGUUGUGCUUUUAUGAUACAGUAUAUGGUUUAUUUACCCAUAUAUACCUAAGCCUAUGAUGGGGGGGGGCGCUUUUCAUAGCAUCAACACCCCAAAAGGGUCUUGUUUCUCCCAUAGCUGCAAUCUUGGAUUCAAGCAGAUGACACACUCUCUCUCUCUCUCACUCUCUCUCUCUCGUCUGUCUGUCUGUCUGUCUGUCUCUCUCUGUCUGCUUUGAUUCUGUGUCACAUUACUGCUCCAACUCUCCACUCUAAACUCUGACUUCAUUUGUUGAGGGAGGGGGCUCCACCCAUUUGCCAUCUUGUGCCUAGCCCCUUAUUCCCUCUUCAUGGCCUGUCAUCCAGGUUAUCACUAGCCUGACUAUUCCAAGAAUUAAAAGCCUUGAUUAAAUUCUAACACUUGCUGGAUCCAGAGAUUAGAGGAGUCUGGCACAUACCUUAACACCUCAAACUUACAACAAUAUUUUAGAUUAGUGUGCUAAUAUUUUUGCAGUUGAUUUUGUAAACAACUUGCAAGCCGCUUGGGCAAUUAAAUGGCAUACUGCAUUCAUAAUAUUGUUGUGAGUUGUGGGGGGUUAGUCUGCAUGAUGCCUGACUCCCUUCUAAUUCCUGGGAUCAUGGAACCAGCAAAGGUUAAAAUAUCUUGGAGGAUCUCAUUGUUGAACUAGUCAGGCAAGGGUUUUUUUGUGUGUUUGUGAGUUAAUGGCCAUAAGGAUCAAGUUACUCUGUGCCAGAGAACAAAUGGGUGGGCCCCCUCCCUCACUUAAUUGGUAGUUGGAAGUGCCAGGGCACUUGUGUGUGAGAGAGGAAAACAGUCUGCAGGCAGAAGCUGGAGAGGGAGAGCCAUGCUUGAUUUCUGCUAGAAACCACGGCUGUGGCUAUGGCAGAAGCAAGAUCUUUUGAGGUUUUAAUGCUGUGAACCCCCUCAUUUUAGGCUCAGGUUGUCCAUAUGUGUUACUAAACCAUAUAUCCUAAAGACACUACAGACGGUGCUGUCCCUCAUUCCAAGGAAACAGAACUCUGAGUAAGCACCACUUGGAGGUUGGGGUGGAGUGCAACAUCAUCAUCAUCAUCAUCAUCAUCAUCAUUUAUUGAUGUGUGCACACUCAAAAACUUUACUCACAACAAGUCAUAUUGUGCUUAGGAUACUCCAUGCAGGGAACCAUUACCCUAUAUUUUAAAAUGUGUGAUAACCACAUUAAAAUGAUAACGAAAUCUUUAUAAUUUGGCAACAGUGGUAGAGCACAUUCCUUGCAUGUGGAAGGUCCCAGGCAGAGCUCCUGUUUUUUCCAGAUGAAAGUAGAAAAGACUCUUGUCUGGAAAGUCACUGUCAGGCAGCAUAGGCAAGACAGACCAAUGAUCAGAACUCUGUACAGUGGUACCUCGGUUUACGAACUUAAUCCAUUCCGGAAGUCCAUUCUUAAACUGAAACCGUUCUUAAACUGAGGUGCGCUUUCCCUAAUGAGGCCUCCCGUCGCCGGUGCCCUUCCACCGUUCGGAUUCCAUUCUUAGACUGAGGUAAAGUUUGCAAACCGGAACACUAUUUUCAGUUUUGCGGAGUUUGUAAACUGAAUCGUUCUUAUACCGGACUGUUCUUAAACCGAGGUACCACUGUAUCAGUAGUUCCCCAUGUUCCUCACUUCCCUGAGCAAUGUGAAAUCCAGGGGUGUCAUCUUUACAACAGCUGUUUAAAAUAAUACAAGUAGAGUUUCUUGGAAACAAAUGGAUUCCUAAAAACAGGUUGCAGAAUUGCUGGUCCUGCAGUUGGGUCAGGUUCCCAAAGGCAGCAGCUGCACAAUGUCAAAAUCCUUCAUCGUAUUGGCAGCUCUCUCCAUCUGCCCCUCUCCUCUAUUUGACUCUGCCCAAAUUGUACCUUUCUUUUGCCAUGUACAAAUUGUAGUUAAUAGCUGCCAUUAAGAAAAUAUCACUCCAUAAUUUAUUGUUUGUUAGCAAGAAAGCAACUUAACAAAGCAUAACCACUUGACUUACUCCUGAAUCAAUAUGUGUCAGGGCUUUCAUUGCUAAUUCAGUCAAACAGGUAGCUCACUGUUUUAUCAUUUUAGGGAAUCUUUUUGUUUGUUUCAGAAAGGCGUACAUGAAUGUUCAAACAAAUUUUGCUUCUGCAGAUCUCAUUAACCACUUAGAAGCUCACAUUAUUACCCAGGAGAGGUUUUCAGGGAACUAUCACAACAACAGUGAUGAGAAGCUAGCUGAAGCCUUCAUCACCUUUGCUUCAUUCUCACGGGAGCUGCUUGAUGCUGUUAAGAGCCUGGUAUGAAACUGUUCUCCACACCCACAGAUUUGUCUGAAAAACAGAAGCAUGAUGACAGGGGCAUGGUCAAUGGUGUCAGUCUUCCCUUCCGGGCCCUAAGGAGAAGAGCAAAGGCCAUGGGAGAAUCUCAAAAGGCUACCUUGCCUUUACUUACUGAAAUUAGGGCAUGCAAAUAAGUCUACAGUUUGAUUCCCUCCUUUCCCAUUCCUUUUUGACAAGCUAAAACAAUAAUACAAUUAUUUUUGCUUUAUUUGUUCUACUUUAUUUUAAACGUUUCCAUCCCCACCUUUCAAUUAAAACUUGGAUCUCCAAAGGGGGCUUACAAUAAAAAUCAUAAAUACAACGCACAUUUCUAAAGCACAAAAUGCUCCAGGACCUCCAGGACGUCCACUGUGAGAAAUGGUCCACUGGGUUGAUCCAGCAGAUUCCAGCAUGUGCCUGGACUAGGUGGCAUUAUAAGCCACAUAUUACUGGUGUUUUGCUAUAUCAAAUAGACAAGACUAUUUGGUGUUAAUGCCUCUCAUACAAUAGGCCUUCUGGUUUUCCUUUACUGAAAUUGGUUUGGCAUCUCUGAGAAAAGACAUUGCCUCUGAAGAGAUCUGUAAAGUUUUGGACUGGACUACAGAGAUGCUUUAAGAGUUUGGGGUAAUACUCAAAAGAUUGAGAUUGCCUGCUUGUUGCACUUGUUUUUGCAUUCCCAUAGUGCCAGUUGGAUCUCUAUGUUUUUAUUUAGGUUGUUACAAGCAAACAAAGCCCUAAAUCUGCAGUAUUGUAUUCUCUAAAUGAAAAUGAUGCCUGAGAUUAUCAUCUAUUGUUGGAGAGCACUCAAUAAUACGAAGAAGCUGUUAGUGCUAGCUACAUGUUGAACUCUCUCUUUUUAUAGUUGCUGAGCCUAUAUCACAACAUUCACUUUUCCCUGGACUCACUGAUCAAGGGAGACUUUAAAGGGGUGAGUAAAUAGAUGCUGAAAAAUGUGUUUCUGUCCUGUUAUUACUGUGAGAUUGCUUAGAUUUUUGUUCAUUCAUUUUUACAUUUGCAUUCUGUCUUUCCUCCAAGAACUUCAAGGAGGCACAAAUGGCUCUCUUUCCAUUUUUUUAAUCCUGUGGGAUCAAGUAUUGAGAUGCACUAUAAAAAGCAUGAAAAUAGCAGGCAGGGAAAAUACAGUAAAGGUUUGAUUCUCUUCACCCCAUAUAGGGCAGCAUAACAGUUUAGCAAUCUGUAUGAAAUAUGAGGUGCAUUGAAAGUACUGAAACAGGGAAGAAGAAAUAAAACAACAACUAGAUUUAUUAAGUCUUAGUUUCUUUGUCUCUUGAUAGGACUUUAAAAAGCCUUUUGAGAAAGCCUAUAAAGACUAUGAGAGCAAACUGUAAGUUGGCCUUUCCCCCUUAAGCCAGUGAUUGCUUCUGUACCUGGAAUUGUUUCUAGCAAAAUACACCUACACACAGCCAUUAAUAAAUACUGUCUCUUUCUAAAUUUCAGUGCAAAGAUAGAGAAGGAAAAACGAGAGCUGGCAAAACAGUAUGGGAUGGUACGGACAGAGGUUGCAGGAGGGGAGAUUGCUGAGGAGAUGGAAAAGGAACGAAGGAUGUUCCAGUUACACAUGUGUGAGGUGAGUGGGGCAGUUGAAAAAGUGCUUCUUCCUUUUGUUUCCUGUGGGGAUCAGUCUGCUUGACAACAAUGCAUGUUAAAACGUGAUAUUUCCCUUUAUGAGACAGAUACUCAUAUCAGAUUAUUUAAAUUGUUAUGUAAAUAAUAAUAGUUGCAAACUAUUACUUCAUCUAGGAAAAAAGAAGCAUCUCUGAACUCCAUAAGCAGGGCACUUGCAGGCCAAGUAGAUGCAAGAAUUUUUUUAAGAAGGCAUUCUCCUCUGCUAAAGAUUUUACAUUCAUUGUUGAUGGAAUGAAACAAUGGUUCCUACAUGAUAUUGUACCCAACCUAGAAAAAAAAAUAUUACAGUACAAACAGAAGUUGAGUCCAGAUGUAAGACAUUUCUCUACAAUAAAUGUGUGCUUGCUUCUAUAAUAAUAAUAAUUUAUUAUUUAUACCCCGUCCAUCUGGGUGGGCUUCCCCAGCCACGCUGGGCAGCUUCCAACAAAAUAUUAAAAUACAGUAAUGCAUCAAACAAUAAAAGCUUCCCUAAACAGGGCUGCCUUCAGAUGUCUUCUAAAAGUCUGGUAGUUGUUGUUCUCUUUGACAUCUAGGGGGAGGGCGUUCCACAGGGCAGGUGCCACUACCGAGAAGGCCUUCUGCCUGGUUCCCUGUAACUUGGCUUCUCGCAGUGAGGGGACCACCAGAAGGCCCUCAGCACUGGACCUCUAUUUUGUUUCUGUGCAGUUUUCAGGAUUGUGGCUCAGUUGCCAGGUUAUCAGAUUUCUCCAGCAUUUGAAGUCUUAAUGCUUUGUGUUUUGUACCUGGGGAAAUGCAAUGCUUCCCCCAGAGAGUGUAUUCCCUUUGGUACAAUGCAAUGUGGUUAUAUAGGUGCUGCUCUGGCACUCGUCACGGUCCUCUGUGCACCAGUAGUGGUUUAGUUAUGAUGGCCACAUGACCCAGAAAGCUGUCUGUGGACAAACGCUGGCUCCCGUGGCCUGAAAAGUGAGAUGAGCGCCACACCCCAUAGUUGCAUUUGACUGGACUUAACUGUCCAGGGUCCUUUACUUUUAAAGGGAUAUCUUAACAACAUAUCCACCAGCAUCAACUGAAUGUGUUUGCUAUUCAUUGUUAGGGGGAAAAUACUCCUUCUACACUAGUAACUGUGGAAGUAAGAAUGAGUUGUCAAGGGUAAAUUAAAAGACAAUGUAAACACUGUAUAAUAUCUGCCUUUUUUAGAAUUUGAAGGAGGGGAAACGGAACUGAUUUAAGUUAUCUAAAUACAAAGAGUUUGAUCCAGAUUUGUCUUUCCAUAAACAGAAGGGCUCCUUUCAUUCAUGGAAGGGACUGAGAUCCAGUGGAAGAUCCAACUGGGGAAAGGACAGGGGGAGGCAAUUUUUCCUGAUUGUUGCCCUCUUACUUUGUACCACCUUCCAUUUUGUUCUGUGAGUCUCCUGGUCCUUAAGAGCAGCUUUCUGGAUGGCACAGGGGCUGCAGAGGGAAGAGGGAAUAAGCGGGAAAUUACCUAUGUGGCCACUUUCCAGCAGCAGGAACUUCCUUUGAGUUCUGCUUACAAGAAAUCUAGAUAUUAGCCAGUUUAUUGUGCUGUCUUUGAAGAACAAUUAGUGUAUUAUAUAGGUCAUGUAGCAAAUUAAUUAUGCUAAUGAUGCAAGGCACAAUUUACAAAAGAAAUCUUAUGUCAUGUAAUUUGGGGGAAGUAUUUUUAAACAAAGCAAAUCACUGCAGAACAUUGUUUUCUAUUUGAGCAGAGGAGGCAUAAGUAAACAAAACAAAAUAAGUAAACUCAGCAGGUCCAUGUUCACUUUCCCUCCAGUACCUAAUUAAAGUGAAUGAGAUUAACACCAAGAAAGGAGUUGACUUGCUGCAGAACAACAUCAAUCACUGCAACUCCCAGUUCAAGUAAGUGCAUUCAGUUUCCUAUAUUCUCAUUCCUCACAACGUUGCAAUAAAUUCUUGAGCAUCUCAACAGUAUUACAUCAUGAGCUUCUGUAGGAGAGCCUUAUGAUAUUCAUUUAUUUUUCAUUUAUAGUGUGUGUGAGAUCUCUCUCUCUCCACACACCUGUUUUUAUUCUGAACAGUCUUCUUUCCCCAUAGCAGAGCUUCCCCACAUUACAUCUUUACAACCCUUAAGCCUUGCCCUUAAGUAUAUGUCUGCAUUAAGUAACUUGUGUGAUUGUGCCUGUGUGUUCAAGAUGUGCGAUACUGCGCUGCCCUGCUUGCUUAUGAAAUGUGGUCCCUUACAGUUUUCCACUGCAGCCCCCAGACUCAAAAAAGAUCCCAUCCCAGCCUUAAGGGAGUUCCAGAACAUUCCAAUCUGGAUUAAGCCCUGGAUUAUGCAGCCAUGUUUGGAAUACCUCCAAGGGACAUUGUAGAGCUGGUAAAGGCUCAGAAAAGGGCAAGCAAAAUGAUCGAGGGGGUGGAGUGGCUCCCCUAUGAGGAAAGGUUGCAUUUAGGAUUUUAUAUUUUUGAUAAAAAGUGAGUAUGAAGUGAUGUGGUGGAAGUUUAUAUAAUUGUGCACGGAAUGGAUAAAGUGGAUAAAGUUUUUCUCUCUCAUACCACUAAAACUUGUGGUUGUCCAACCAAGUUGAAUGUUGGAAGAUUCAGGACAGAUUAGAGAAUGCCCUUUUUUGCACAGUGCAUAGUUAAACUAUGUAACUCAUUCGCACAUGAGGCAGUGAUGGCUACCAACUCAGAAUGUGUUAAAAGAGGAUUAGACAAAUUCAUGGAGGAUAAAGGGUAUCAGUGGCUACUAGCUAUGAUGGCUGUGCUUUGCCUCUGGGGUGGGAACUGGGAAUAUCCUUUUUCUACUUUUGUUCCACAAUGUUUUUCUGACAGUUUUUUCCAGGCAUGUUUAAAGGCAACAGAGAAGCACAAACAGUUUAUAGAGAAUCUUACUCCUGAGCUUCAGAAUGUGAGUAUGCUUUAUCAGUUUCAGAGGGUUAUGUUCGACUAACAUUUGCUGAGAGCAGACUUUGCUGAAAUUAAUGGUCGUGACUAACUUAGGUCCAUUGAUUUCAGUGUGUCUAGUCUAAGUAAACAUUAGUUGAAUACAGCAGCACUAGAGAAUAUGUCAGGGCUCCUCCAGAAGAUCUGUUGAUUCACCAUUCAUCCAUAGGUAGUGGAGCAUUUGUUCUGUGGUUGUUUUUUUUUACAGGGUAGUUAAAAGGCAAUGAACAUCCAUCCUGAUUUGCUUGUUGAGUGUUUAGAUGUCUUCCUGUUAAUCAGUCAUUCAUCCCAUACUUUUCUAUGCAUUUCCACGUCACUUUCAAAACUACAAAAACUCUGUUGGCAUUUAAGCUGAUUUCUUGUGCUGGGGUGACAGAGCACUUCAAUCCACUUUAAUUGUGCAAACCUUUAGUUCCAAUAUGCCCCUGAGUUGUUUGGGCAAACUGCUGAUGGUCUGGAGGCACCCUGAGAUUUUGAAUGGCCAUUAUUUUUGUAUCAUUCUCAGAGCAAUUUUCACUGUAACAUGAUGCUUUUUAUUCUAAGGUACUAAGGCUGCAAUUCUAUGCAUGCUUACUGGGAUAAAGUCACAGUAGGCCCUUACUGUAGAGCUGCAAUUCUAUACACACUUUCCUUGAAGUAAGUCACAUUGAACUCAGUGGAGCUUACUUCUGAGUAGACAGGUAAAUGAUUGCGCUGUAAAAGAUUUAUAUCCUGCCUUUCUUUCAUUAAAAAGGAUCUAAGCUGGCUAACAGAAUUAAAUGAAAGCAACCAAAAACUCAAAAGCUAUCUAAAAAUCAGAACAUAAUCAAAUCAUAAAAGCUACAGCAGGAGAAUAGGCAAAUUUUAUGUAUUUCCCCCUUCACAAUAAUAUUGUCACCAUGUCUACUGCUUUUAAGGCAUAGUAUAAUAUCAUUGAACUAAAACCAAUAAAACAGCAAUAUUAUAAACACAUAAAAGGAAAUAAAACAGAAAAUGAGAGUAUUCAAACAUGUAAAACAGGUUCCAAUGUUAUGAGCCAGGAAGAGGCAAAAAGGUACGGUAAGUCUUGACAAGACUUCUGAAAGAAUUGAUGGUUGCUGCUCCAUGUAUGACAGAAGAAGAGGCAUUAUACAGUGCAGGAGGAGGAGGAGCAGAAAAUACCCAUUGUCAGGUCACUGACCUGUGAUAUUCUAUUCAGGUGCAGAGGACACAACUAUUAUUAAUACAAAAUGCAUAUCCUGUUUUUUCACCUGCCCUGGUACCUGUCAGCCAUGUGGAUCCAUAGAAGAGCACUGUAAUAGUGUGACAGAACUGGAUGUGGCCCAAAAGUGCAGGCAUAUGAACAUCUAAGCUGGGACUUGUGCAAGUGGUGAUCAACCUUAGUUACUUUUAGUCUUUGUUUAAAUAAUAUGAAAUAGUGGGAGCUUGGUCAUUCCUAUAGAGUCUAUAGACCAAGUGUGGGAAGCCUAUGGCCCUCCAAGUGAUACUGGUGUUAGACAGUAGCUCCCAUUGGGAGUGACCAUUAACCAAGCUGGCUGGGAACUGUUUUGGGAAUUGGAGGGCCACAGCCUCCCCAUCUCUGCAGUAAACAUAGCAGAGUUACUCAGUGCAGAAUGUAAAAAGAGGAAGGAAAUGCCUACUGAAGGGAUUUAGCAGCAGCAGAUGGAAGAACUCCCUUGCUUGAUGGAAUGUUUGUUGCGCUGCCCUUUCAGAUGAAGGCCAAGCAGGAUGAGGAGAAGAAGCAGUUGUGCUCUCUUCGCGAUCAGCUGAAAGCAGCGCUGCAGCUGGAGCCCAAAGAGGUAAAACUGGUGAGGGAGCACCUCCUUUUGCCUAGGAAUAGGGAUGGAUGAAUUAGCUAAUUUGGUUUCCCUUAGUUCCACAUUGUUUCAAUCUUAAGUUCAGUUGCCUCAUCAGUGUGAUUAAAAAAAAAAAGUUCUCAAAAAUCUUCAUGCAAUUUUGUGCACAUUUCUCCUAAUAUACAUAUUUUGUAUGCAUCGUGGCCAUUGAUAUGGAUUUGGGCAAGUCAUUUCCCCCAAUAUGUAUUUUUCCAUGUUACUUUCACUAAUAAGCUCAUUUUGUCUGCAUGCUUUCCCUUAAUAUGUGCAGUUCUGUGUAUCUUGUUUGGUUUGAGAUCUGUAUUGCAAAAUUUGGACAGAUUUUGAGAGACAGCUGUGUUUCAGUUUCCAUCUUGGUUCAGAAUGUGCAAAUUGGGUGGGUUUACAUUAAAAUUCUAGUGUGCUGGAGUCAGAAAAUAAGGAACUCUAUUUCACAAAUGUUUUUGGUGAAUGUGAACAGAGGUUUGGAAUAAUUGUAAGGGCAUGAAGCUUGGAUUUUUGAACCCUGGGCCAAUAUUAGAUUUGUACUUGAGAAAAACUACAAAGUGCUGCAUACCUGUUCUGUUUCCCAACAGAAUUCUGUUAGCAAGCCAUUGAGAUACAGCAUGCACCAGUUACAGGGAAAUAAGCAGUAUGGCACAGAGAGAUCUGGGAGUCUCUUUAAGAAAAGUGAUGGGUAAGUGAAACCACUUCAGAUCUGGCAACUGCAAAUAUAUUUUAUGAGCUCAGUUUACAACAACAAAAUCAUAAGAAGAGCCUGCUGAAUCAGGCUAAUGGUUCAUGUAAGUCCAGUUCUCACAGUGGCCAACCAGAUGCUUAUGGGAAGCCUGCAAGCAGAACCUGAACUCAGCAGCAUUCUCCACACUCAUAGGUCUGGUUCACACAUUGCAUUAAACCAUAGUUUAAAACAACCAAUGGGUUAAUGUGGAUGCACAGUGUGUUGGCACAUGCUGCUGAAAAGUUCUGUCUACUCCUCUUGCACCCAUGCUGUUACCAUUCUGCCAGGAAAGAAGCCAGAGUUUGGCUUGUUGUGAUAUUUAAACCAUGAUUUUUCUCCUCUAAACAAACCAUGAGUAGCAAGCCAAAAGCAAGCCUUAGUUUCACUGCUCAUGGUUUGUUUGGAGAGAAGCAAACCACAAACCUGGAUUUGGGCAGCAUGACAAAACAGACUCUGGCUUGCUUCCCAGCAGUGGUAGUGAAAGAGUAGAGAAGUGUCUACCCUUUCAGCAGCAUGCACCAGCACACCAUGUGCUCACAUUAAACCAUUGUUUGUUUGUUUUAACUAUGAUUUAAUGUGACAUGUGAACCAAAUCAUUUCUGUAAGCUUGCCUUGGAAAGAUUUUAUACGGCACGGCAGACUAUAAACAAAACAAAGAAACAAGCAACUACCAAACAGGCGAAACUUCAAUGGAUGAAAUUUCUCAUCAUGCAUUUCCAUGUUGAGAAGAGGGACAUGCGGUGCUGAAUUCCUGCUUGUUAUGCUGCUGGUGAAAGGUCCAUGCCUUACCCUCACAAAAUUUGGCAGACUGAGUUGUGUCAUGUUUGUAUGUAACCCGAUGUCAUUUUAGAAAUAUCCUAUGUGGUUGUACCAAGGGCUAAGUAAGAGAUGUGAUGUUGCCACUAAGAUGCUUGUUCAAGUGAGUCCUCCGGAGAGACUUUUGUGAGUGUAAGAGGGGAAAACAACAGUAGACACUCCUCCCAUGAACUUCUGUAAAUUAAUUUAAGAUGACAGCCAUCGUGUUUAUUUCCAUCAUGCCCUUUGAUGCACUUACCCUAGUGAAGUGGUUGGAAGUAGUAUUUGACGGGUUGGGUCUCCCACCUGAGACUUUCUGUUUAAUGUAAUGUUACCUUUAACUUUCAGCUUAAGAAAGGUCUGGCAGAAGAGAAAAUGCACAGUCAGGUAUGGCUACCUGACCAUCUCACACAGCACGGUAGGCAUUAUGCUUCGUCUUAGAACCUGUUCAGUGUAGAUGGAUUAGAGAAUAAGCUUCUUCAGAAACCAGUUACGUACAAUAACUUUAUUAGGGUACUUCCAAAGCUCACCUUCCCUACAAAAGUGAAACAGGAAGUAUCCCUUUAAAAGAAGUACUUGUUAUCCCAGGGGUCAGGAGUGAGUUUUUCCUGGUUCUGGACAAUGUUUGCUGUUGCUCUUCAUACCCCAGUGUUUGGUCUAGUGGUGAUUAGAAUGAUGAGUGUGUAGUGGAGAUCCACCUGAUUUCUGUUUCGUAUGUGCAUAAUCCAUAUUGUAUGCAGGUUGUGCAGCUGGACAGUGUUGAAACUGACUUACAGUAUUCUUUUCUUUUUCAUCACCUAGCUAAAUCGCACUCCAGUCAAGCUGAAUUUGCUCACUUGCCAAGUGAAGCCAAACGUGGAUGACAGGAAGUGCUUUGAUCUUAUUUCACGUAAGUCCUCAUUUUCUGAGGAAGCAUUUCAAAGAGCACCCUUUUUCUAUAGUGCUUCAUAGGAAAGGUACAGGUGAAGAGGGGUUUUUUGGUAGGAGUCUGGGGAGGGAAUGCAUCUUAAACCUUACCUUAUCCUUGAAUUUCAUUCCUUUCUCACUGGGUGACCUUGGCUAGCCAUUGGCCUCAUUUACACAUAAUGUAAGCCUAAUCAGGUGUUAGGUACUGAGUUGAAUAGGAUCCAAACUGCAGCAGUCUGAUUGGUCCUAGAACAAUAGGAUCCAAAUUGCAGCAGUCUGAAUGGUCCUAGAACAAUAGGAUUCAGAAUGCAGCAGUCUGAUUGGUCCUAGAACAGUGCAGCAGUAUGAUUGGUUGACAGGAACCACCCAAUCAUGCUCCAGAUAUAAGUGAAUCCACAACCUGAUUGGCUUACAGUAGAAUUCCAGAAUUAGCCAAUCAUGUGCAGCCCAUUGUGUAAAUAAUGUAUAUAAAGCAGAUACUUUGAGGGGACUUUCAUUCAUUCCUCCUCACCACUAUGAGCUGAAUAAAGAGCAUGAAAUCACUUUGCGACUCUGAGUAUAUUUCUUCAUGGUUUAGUGAGAAUAAGCAAACAUGCAGGUCCCCAGAGCAUUUUGCUCCUCCCCAGCUGUGCUGCAGUUGUGCAACCUAGGGCCAAGCCAUGGCUCAUGUUUCAUCACCUCCUAAUUAACCAUGAGUGGUAAAUCAAAAACAAACCUUGGUUUACAGCCCAUGGUUUGUUGGGAGAUUCCGUGGGAUCAUUUUGUGUUCUGAUAAUAUUUCUAAAACAAAUUUUCUUUCUCUCUCUCUCUCUGUGUGUGUGUGUGUGUGUGUGUGUUUAUUUCAGAUAACCGAACAUACCACUUUCUAGCAGAGGACGAACAGGAAUGUACCAUGUAAGUAUUGGGGAGGAGGGAUGGAGCCCUUAAGACCUGUGUGGAUUGAAAAAGUGCAACAGGUGACACUUCUCCUAUGUUUAUUGUUUUCUCAUGUUAGGGGAAAGCCCCAACCAUUUAUUUUUGAUCUAUUAACAGGGCUUUGAGCAGAACUACACAUUAUGCAUGGUUCUGUUAUUCUUCCUGUAGACUUUUAAAAAAACAAAACAAAAUAUACUGAGACUGAAUUUGAAGGGGGAGGCUGACCUCCGUCACAUUAAACCUACAGAACUCACAAGGAUAUAUGUGUGCCUGCAUCCCCCAGCUGCAGGAAUGGGGCCCCUGUGGCCCUCCAGAUGUUGUUGGACACCAACUUCCAUUAGCCCCAUCCAGCACAGUCAGUGGUCAGGAAUGAUGGGAACUGCAGUCUCCUGCUAUAGUGGCCCAGGUGCAGGUGGGACCUCUGCUUAUGGGUCCAGCAUCUUCCAUCUUAGCAAAGUGUCCUAACAACAUCAUAGUGUGGUUUGAAGUGCCAUCUUCAAGCUCAUCUGUUGCCUUGCAUCCCUUUGCUUAAGGAAGUGGCAUGCAUGGGGAAGGUAUUUACUUUGGAUUCCUUACAGAUUGUGGCUUCGAUUUACUUCCACUUGCAGCCAUGCAUGCAGUCCACAGUACAGAGGCCUAGGCCGACUGAAAGGGUGAGGAAGUUCAGUUUAUCUGACAGCAGUUUCCUUCUGCCUUGCAGAUGGGUCUCUGUCCUCAGCAAUAGUAAAGAAGAGGCUCUCAACGUGGCAUUCAAACAAGCACAAGGCAGGGAAGAGUGCAGCAUGGACGACCUGACUGGAGCUAUCAUCAAGGAGAUAAAGCGCAUGCCAGGAAACAGCAUGUGCUGUGACUGCUCAGCAUCAGGUGCAAAAGGAGACAGCUGAACUACUUCCCAUUUUGACCCUGAACGGCUGGGGCAGGUUCUACAAAGGGGGAUGCAUUGGGAUACCCAAUCUCAGUGAUCACGAGCAGAAGGAGGACUUAUGCUGUGACCAGAUCAUGUCAUUAUUGAGGACUGUCAUUGUCUGAGGACUAUCCCUGCCUCAGGGUCUAGUCAAUGCCAGGUCAAUGAUUCAUAAGACCACUGCCAUCCAUGACGUGAUUGUGGAUGAAGGAAUUGUCCUGGCAAGAGACUUUGUUGGACAUGGCAGAUGGGUCUCUUUUGCCGCUGCUUGUCCGCCAGGUUUCUCUUUCGCACAGCAACCCAGGGCAUGUGGGCGGGGGAUGGGGAGGUUGCAGUGAUUUUUAGGAAGUCAUUAGUUUUCACUAAGCAUCCUAUUAUUUCAUUUCAUUUUUAUGUGUUUGAAGCUUUGAAGAUAAUUGUUCUAUAAUGAACUGAGCAAAUGUUCACCCCUUCCACUGACAUUUUUGAGGGCCCUCAGAGGUGUUGAGAACAUUCCAUGAGGUGAAAGUGUGAAGAUAUCUUACCAUACUGUCCAUCACCUUCAGCAAGGUGACAAUACCUGUUUUGUUCUUGCUUACUCCGCACAGACCCAGCUUGGCUCUCCAUUAAUUUGGGAAUCCUGAUUUGCAUUGAAUGCUCUGGCAUUCACCGAGAGAUGGGUGUCCAUCAUUCCCGUAUUCAGUCAGUAGCCUUGGACAAAUUGGCAACCUCAGAGCUUCUGGUAAGGGUGUUCUGACUGUGUUCUGCACUACUACAACCACCUUCCAUUCAAAGUUCAUAAUGGCAUUUCCCCUUCCAAGUACAACUGAUUCACCUCUUUAAUAAGCUCUGUUUUGGUUCCAACAUUCCUUCGGUGAUUAUGCUGUUUUCCUCUCUACCCCAAUUAUUUUGCAGUCUGCCACAUUCUGUGAUGUUACCAUGUUUUCACCUUGCCUGCUAACCCAGACCAUACAUUUAAAGCACAUAGCUUCCCCUCAGAGAAUCUUGGGAACUGUAGUUUGCCACUCACAAAGCUACAAUUCCCAGCAGCCUUGACAAACUUCAUGUUUCAGGAUUCUUUGGGGGGCAUCAUGGGGUUUAAAUGUACUUUAAAUGCAUAGUGUGUACGCACACACACACACACACACACACACACAGUCUGUGUCUGUGUCUGUUGUUACUUUCCUCCUUACUCCUUCCUUUACAUUUAAGCUAAGCAGGGCAUAAAUAACACAGAGGUACUACUCAAAUGUUGCCAUAGUUCAACAUUUCUCCUAAUCUAACCUGAUUUUCUCUGUCAUAAGACCCAUCCAGGAUGCAGCUUGUGGGCAAGCACAUGCUUGGCAUUGACGCAGCUAUAUUUUUAUUUCCUGUUUUGUGUUAAAUUACAUCUUAUUUGUUUUGCAGUUGGCAAAGAAUAUUGGAAACACACAGUUUAAUGACAUUGUUGAAGCCAAUCUUCCCAGCGCAUCUCUAAAGCCUUCUACUGAUAGUGCAAUGUAAAUAAUCUUAAUUCUGUUUUUUUCCCCUUUUUUUAUUCUGGUGAGUGGGAAAGAGUGUUGGGGAGUGGGCAGCGGGAGAAGCACAAACAUGUCGGACAUUACACCGCAAGCCAAAUGUCAAAACAAAACAAAUUUUGGUGACACCCAUUGAUUUAUUGUCUAUAAUUGAUUGUGGCAAGAACUUUCAAAGAGGGUUUAUUACAUCCAGUGCAUUAAGUGAGAGAUGGCAACUAUGGAAUCUAUUAAAAUAGAUAUUUUAUACUUUGUUGGUAUACUUUGGUCAGACCCAAUCACUCAUCAAGUCCAUAAUCCAGUUGAGAAAUGUAAAAGCAGGGAACGAAGGCAAAAGUCCUACCUCUCUGUUUGCAAGGUCCUACUGUCAAUGUUAUUAGAGUGCAUUCUUAGAUAUGUAGGAGAAGAUAGCAAAUAGACAAUAAGGCAGCAUGGUGUCACUAUAGGUAAAUUUUGCCUGACUAAUUUAUAGGAAUAUCUUACAAAUGAUGUGGGUUAAAUUAGUAGAGAGUGAAUGUGUAAUAAGGAUAUGAGGUUAACACUUGAGGACUUGGGCUUUAGAGAUUGUCUGGACACAGACUUUCCUGCACUGCUGUUUUGAUGUAGAGAGCCAGGUAUAUAGGAAGAUCCCUGGUAAAAUCCUGGUAGUUUUUUAGCCUACCCUGCCCCCAGCCCCUGUUAAACAUAGGAACCCUGUUGUGUAGUUGUAGUAGUAGUAAAUGCUUUUUUCUGGGGGGGUACUCAAGGGUACGUAGGUUUUCGCAGGGCAGAAAGAAAGAGUGCUCAGACACAGAGUUUUAAAGUGUGGACCAUGAUGAGAAAGCACAGAGGACAGUUAAGUAUAGAUAAGCCCUAAGACAAGACUAUUAAAACAGCACAAUUAAAAGAGCUGAAACAGCAAUUAAAACAAUUAAAGCAGGAGGUUUAAAGCAGAAGAUCAAACAAAUGCUUGUCUAAACAAGUGUGACUUCAAAAACCGGCAGCAUGCCAAUACUGAUGGGCCUCUCUUGUAUUUCAGCAAGGUCAGCGUUCUCAAUGACACUAGUGAAAAAACCUGUCUCUGUGUUACCGCAAGCCAAUAAUAAUUAGGCUAAGGAAAAAGAAGCCAGGUUUCAUAUGUUGAUCUUAAUUCCCUUAUCGGAGAACACUUUAAAACAAUGAUUUAUUUUCUGCUUCUGAAAGGGCAAGGUGUGAGAUGUUUUACAUAAAAUAUAAAGCAUAUCCUAAACUGGUCCUUUGUCAAGUGAUAAGCUUUGUCAAGUGAUAAGAGCACCUUGACUUUGGAGUACUAGAACAGGGUUGAAGAUUUCUAAGAUAAGAAAGCCAUAGCCAUCAGUCUGUAUGACCUUCUGAUCCUCUAGCUCUAUGGAUCUGCAGGUGUGACAUUUGGCACUCCACAGAGAAAAAUUCUGAAAAUGUCUUUCUUCUUCCCACCCGAAGCUGUGAUUAGAGGCAAAAAGCAAUGUGAUGGGGAGCCAGAACAGGGAGUGGGAAAGAAAAGAAUAGGUUGCCUCUAGACUGUCAAUGUUUUGGAGGAGGAAUUCUAGCACAUUUCAGGAAUAUAGGUUUGCACAGUUAAAGUGGAUCGUAGCAGUCUGUCACAAUGACUCCAUUUAUUUAUUUUUUGUUUGUUCAAGAAAACAUAUUUUUUGCAGUUAGGAAAGUGACAGGGAAAUGAACUAAGAUGUGUGGGAUGAACAAAUUAUAAACAGGAAGAUCUAUAACUGCCGUGUCAGCAAAUCAGGACAAAUUCAACAUGAAUGCAUUGUUGUAUAACCACCCUGCAAACAAAUCAGAACAAAUGCUCAAUAGAGGUCAGGCAUAGCCUAAAUACCGUGUAGGUUUUGUGUAAGCAAAUCAUGAUGAAUGCUCAGUAAAUAGGUCAUCUGGUGAAGCCCAUAGUCUCUACCCAUAGACUGAAGCUCUGAACUUUUGCUGCUUGUUGACUUAGAGGCUAUUCUUGACAUCGGCUUUUCUGCUGGCUUUGCAUCAAAAUGCCCCAUUAGAGCCAUGGUUUCCAAUUUGUGCUUUGCACCAUUACAGGGCUCUCCGGAAAGAUUUUAUCAUCUCCAAGUAUGUUGAUAGGAAGUAUGUUGCUCGGAGGACCACAGAGAGCCCAGCUGCCAGGCUCAAGGAUCUGCAGGAUGCUGUCAAAGACAAGGAUAUAUUUAUCUUGCUUCAGGCAUAUGCUGAAAAGGUGGAUUUAAAUCAGGCCCUCCUGGAGUACAAGCAGGUGAGGCUUCUGCAGCCCCAAAGAGCUGACAAGCACACCUACACUUUAGCAGAGAUAACACCAAUGUUGCAGGAGGAAAGCAGCACACACAGUCCAACCACAACAGGUUUUAUUGAACCCUGUAAGAAGGUAUUUGCGCCUAGGCUAUACACUAAGGGGAUUCAUAAACUCUGAGUCACUGAAUAGCAUUGCUUUAGUUAUUUGGCUGUUUCUCCAAGGCCUUUUGCUUGCAUAAUAAAGCACACAGUUGUUUCCUCUUCAUUAUUUUUGACUCAGCAUUUGGCACCCAGGGUCAUAUUCCCCUUUGCCUCUGUGUAUUCUAUUGCCUCUUGCAUCUCAUAUACAGUAUUGCCUCCCUUCCCCUUUUUUUAAAAAAAACCCUGUCAGGGAGAAAUAAUGGCAGAUCCACUGUACUUUAUUUAUUUAAUGGUUAUUUAGAUUAUAUUUUUGGAUAUUGCUGUUGAACUGUCUUGAGUUGCCUGCAUAAUUUGCAGCGUAUAAACAUUUUAACACAUAGCAUGUAGUUUAGCCUGAAGUUUAUGCCAGGAACUGAUUACAAAAUGCAAUUAAGAGCCUGCCUAAGCCUUCCCCUGAAGUUUUUAGAGCCAUAUGAAUGCCAUCAGGAAGUGAUUUCCUUGAUGCUAAAGAGCAAUGGCUAGGACUUUUCAAUAAGCAAAGAAAGCAGCAAAAGAUAGUUGCACAAUCACUUUGUCUUCUUCUUCUUCUUUGUUUAAAGGAGCCAGGCGAGACACUUCUCCAUUUGGCGGUUCUAGUAUGUGACCGAACAUCUUUGCAUAUUGUAGAUUUUCUGGUGCAGAAUAGGUAAGCUGACUCCCUAGGCCUCAUGAUAAAUUGAGGCAAGACCUACUAUUGAGGGGUUUUGUUUUGGGAUUAUUAUUGUUGUUGUUGUUGUUGUUGUUGUUGUUAUUAUUAUUUGCAACAACAACAGAAAGGUCCUGAAUGAGAGUAGGAAGACACACGCUCUAUUUCCUUGCAAAAAGGCUUCUGCAUUGUUUGGGGAGGAAGGGAAGCUACUUGGACUUGAAGAAGUGUUGUCUGUUUGGGCUCUUCUGAAGUUUUCUUCAGCCCCCUCUCCCUGCCCCAUUAUUAUUAUUUUUAAAGCACUCUCACCAUUGAGUUGAAAAAGAUGUUAAAGUUCUCUCUAUGGUGUUUGAACUAGACUGGCAUGUUCCUUCAUGUAAAUCAUCAUGAGGCUGAGCAUGUCAUCCAGUUCUGAGCAUGCAUGUGUGAAUUUGUGCCUGGUGUGUGCCAAAAGGCAUUCUCUAUAUGUUACAUGCUGUUGUGCUAUCUUCUGAGUCUCCAGUCCUGAAAAUGAUGCUGACAAUUAUAUGCAUGUAUUUUAAUUUGGUCAUGUUAAUUAGAAGAUUGAGUCCCUGGACAAAAACAGAAUUUAAUUCUUGGAGAGCUGGAUCAGCUGUGUGUGUGUGUGUGUGUGUGUGUGUGUGUGUGUAUUGUGUGUGUAAUGGCACUUAUCAACACCUGGGGAGGGGUGGUGAUGGCAACACUAACUCCCUCGGCUAAUGACGAAAUGAAAUGUUGGAGAGAACAAAGCGAUGUCAAUUGCUGCUGUUGAAGCUAUUACAGUACAGUGGUACCUGUGGUUACAAACUUAAUUCAUUCUGGAGGUCUGUUCUUAACCUGAAACCGUUCUUAACUUGAGGUACCACUUUAGCUAAUGGGGCCUCCCGCUGCCACCACACUGCCACUGUGCGAUUUAUGUUCUCAUCCUGAGGUAAAGUUCUUAACCUGAGGUACUACUUCCGAGUUAGCGGAGUCUGUAACCCAAAGUGUUUGUAACCCGAGGUGUUUGUAACCCGAGGUACCACUGUAAUGGCAAGGUCCAGGUAUAUCUCUUCCUCUUCCUCUUCCAGUUCUCAGCAGUAUUUAAUUGCAUAACCCAAGACUUGUUCCUCAUAUUCAAGCCAUACUCCAUUGCAUUACCAUUGCAUUUCCUAGACUCACUGACUGUAUAUAUUGUCAAAAAUGUAAACUUAUCUGGAGUGUGGAUGUUAGUAAGGGGGAGUUAUUUGUAGACAGAGAUUCCACUCCUUGGUUAAUUAAGCCAUCAAAGAAAUGAAGUAUUCUAUAAAUGGGAAGCAGUCUGCCUGGCUAAUAAUUGUCUCUCAUCCAGUGGGAGCCUGGUGAAGCAGACCUCUAAAGGCAACACCCCACUUCAUUACUGCAGCCUUCACAAUAAACCUGAAUGCAUAAAACUCCUUCUACGGGCCAGAGCCAACAUCACAAUCAGUAAGUGGUUACCACACAAAAAUUACUGUUUGAGUUAGGAGGGGAAAUAACUGCUUACUUGUCAAAGACUGGUUGGACGCAGAGGAAUGGUGGGGGGAACCUGCUGGGGAACCCACCAAGGGAAGAAGGCUCAGAGCCCAGGGAUUGGUGGUGGGAUGACACUGAGUGGUCAGAGGGAGAAGCCCGGGGAGGAGGAGGUGUCAGAGGUUGAAGGGGCAACAGGGCUUAGUGAGUUAGGAGAGUCUGUGGCAGAGAGAAUCAAGGACCAGAGGCAGAAGCUAAAGAAGGUGAGUGGGAGAAGGGAGAUCACAAGGCAGAGAUGAGUCAGGAUAGUGAAGAGUCAUGCAGUGUCUCCCCCUCCUGCUGUGGCAAGCUCCCCUCAUUUCCCCCCGCGCACAUUUCCUCCUAAUAUAUGCAUUCUUGUAAACAUUGUUUGGUUGGAGAACCGAGUCAAAAAAUUCAGAUAAAUGUAAAUUUUGACAUGUUUCAGUUCCCAUAUUCUUUUGGAAAGUACCAAUUUGAAAGAUUCACCUUUAAAUGUGAACUGAAUCAAAUUUCUCCCCCGUUCCUAAAACUAUGGUGAUAUCAAUAGAGCUUAGUCUGUUGCUCUCAUUAUUACUCAUUUGGUGUCAUCUGAUAUUUCUUAACAGCGAAUGAAGCUGGAGAGACAGCCCUCGAUAUUGCUAGGCAAAUGAAUCACGAUGUGUGUGAAAAUCUGGUAAGAAAUGGGAGGUUUAUCUCUGCUUGGCCGCUAUAGGAAAGUAAUGAGCUUGAGAAGUAUUUAGAAAGGGCCAUAGCUCAGUGAUAGAGCAUCAUUUUUGCAUGCAGAAGGUCCCAGGUUCAGACUCUGGCAUCUCCAUAUUGGACUGAAUGAGGCCCCUGUCUGAAAUGCAGAUGAGCCUCUACCAGUCAGUGUAGGCAAUACUGAGGCAGAUGUACGAAUGGUCUGACUUGGUGUAAGGCAGCUUCCUAUGUUCCUGUGUCUGGAAUCUGGACAUACCCAAAUAUUGAGCUCUUGGCAAAAUUAAAUAUCUAGUGCUCUGUAUUUUCAAGAGAUUCAAAUUACUAUGAAACUAUCAUUGCCCAUUGCUCCUGUGCUUAUUUUGUGUGCACACUCUCACUUGGUCUUUGCUGAAAACAAGGUUAUCAGGCUUACCUAGCACUUUAAAACUAUACCCUGUAAAAGUAGUGCAGUUGUGUGAAUUCACCGAUGAAAAUGAGAGAGCGAAAAACUGGAAAAGUAGUAUUGUACCAACAAAAAUAGAGUGGCUUGCCAAAUUAUUGGAGUACUACAAUAUAUCCAAAACAAUGGGAGAAAUUGGAAGGAUCUCAAAAGAGAAGAUAGGUAGGGACUGGAAGGUGUUUAAAAGAUACUUGCAAAACCAUAUCGAAAAAUCAGAACUCCUAUUAGAAUAAACAAGUUCCGUUUCAAACACUGAAAUACUGAAUAAGAUGGAUAACAAUGUGUAAUAGAAAAAGAAGUAUGAAAUUAGGCUAAAGGUGUGUGAAAGAAAGUAAUAGAAGUGGAAAGAAAUUGCAAUUGAGUAGAUUGGAAGUCUAACACAAAGGUGGGGUGAGGGGUGGUGGAUGGUGAUGGGAAAAGGAAUUAUUUGUGGGAUUGAGUGUAAGUAUGUUUGAACACUUUUAAGGAUUGUAUGAAAUGUAUGUUUGUAUGCUUGUAUAUCUGUAAUAUAUGUGGAUUAAUGAUGAACUAUUUUAACGAUAAAAUUAAAAAUUUUAAAAAAUUUAAAAAAAACGAAAAUGAGAGAAGUUGGGAGAUGGUAGCCACCAAGUUAGACAUAUUCCUCUUCUCUCAGGCCUUUGGCCAAUUAAACAAUCUAUGGCCUUCUAAACUGGAAGGGGGUCUUGUUUUUGUUACUAUGUUAUAUAGUUCGGAUAAAGGCUGGUAUAGAAAUAUAUAUAUAUAUAUAUAUAUAUAUAUAUAUAUAUAUAUAUAUGCAAGGCUUCUUUUCAUUUGCAUUUUGUAAAAGCUUUUUCUGCUUUAGUGAAAAACAUGCUUCUGUGCGAGUAGUUAAGGAAGUGACAGUAAUACAGCCCCAAUUCGCCAACAAUUUAUUGGCAAUUUGUGGUGUUGGGAUUAUAGCCCCCACUACCCCUUCUCUUCUGGGUGCUUCCAGAUUGGGUUAUUUAUUGUGGGAUACCUGUUCAUCAUGCCUGCAAGUUUUAAAAAAAUAUUGCAGCAUCCACACAACAUCAUUGGCAUUAAUAUGGCAGCCUGCAUCCUGACCUGCCCCUCUUUUAAUUUGGAUUUACCUUUUCCCGGGAAAAUCUAAUAAACUAAAAGAAAACAAUGACCCAUUUGUGAUAUCUCAGUGGCCUGUUUACAAUAUUAAACCUUCUUAUUAAGCUGAAAGCACCUUUUGUCCUUCGGCAGUACUAUUUUCCACUUUCCCACUAGAACCCUGGAAUACAAAAGAGACCAGCUAGGACUCCAGCAAACUUAAAGUUUGCUUUGGAACUUUUCCAAACUAUAAUAAGAAAGAAUGUGAAGAGAUACUAGAGUGAGUGUCAUCUCUCUUGCAGCUAUUGCAGGCUCAAAAUGAUCAGUUCAACAUGCGAGCUCAUGUGGAAUAUGAGUGGCGGCUGGGCCAAGAAGACAUGUUCGAAAGCGAUGAUGAUCUGGAUGAGAAGGUAAGGUCCCAGCACUUUUGAUCAAUUGUUUUGUGACCUGGAAGUCUGUCCAUUGCUUCCCAUUUCUCAGCAGCUUCCUAAAACACAUUUGGUCGCUUAAAGAUGCGUGCCUCUUCUGGCAGGGAGUUUGUGAAAAUAGCCAAAACUGAAUGGAUAUUUCUGUAGUCAUUGAAUUAUAGAAUUGGCAGGAUCCCAAGAAUGAUCCACUACUGGGGUUAUUAAUGUGAAUCAUUUUAAUCAAUGUAUUCCAAGGCCACUCAAAGCCAUUGAUUUCAGAAGAUUUAAAGCAUGCUUGGUUUUGUGCUAGGUUGCAGCCCAUGGGUUGUGGUCAACAUAGUGCUAAGGAGGUCAUUCCAUUCACACAAGCAUUUCUGCCUGCACUAGGGAACAACCUCCCCUUUCCUCUCCCACUCACUGUUCUAGGAAUUCUCCAAACCAUCUGGAACAGAUUUGGGGAGGGCAUAGGAGAGGGAGCAGGAGAGGGGGGUUGGAAUCCUGUUGCAUUAGUGGGGAUCCUUGCACUUGCUUCUGUGCAACAAGUUAGUUGAAUACAGGCCUGCAUGUUUUAAUCAAAGAUUGCAGGGAGCGAUUCACCACAGAGGAAAGUUCUUUAUCAUGCUCAAGACUGCAAUUAUUACUUUUUUUUUAAAGGAGAGCUACUUCAUCAUCAUCAUCAUCAUCAUUAUUAUUAGAAAAUAGGGCUGCAAUCCUGUGCACACAUGCUAGGCAUUAAACAUGAAUAAGGCUUCAGUCUUCACCAUGAGGCGCUUGCCUGAAGAGAAAAAGUUCAUUUAAAAGGCCAUCACACAAUUUAAGUGUUUCAAACUUAGAUCCAAAAUAGACAAGCAUCUGGUUUCCAGGAUCAGGCACUGACUAUAAUUAUUAGUUCUUAUUUGAACAAGGACCUCGGAAUUGUAAAAAAUGAAUACGUCUCAAGGAGAAGCCCUUCAUCCAUUUAUUCUACAUGCAUUGUGUGCAUCCUGUCAGCUGGAACUUCCAUGUACAGAAGUAGUAUACCAAACAACAGGGAACUGCUGUUGCCCUUUGUGACCUCUUGAAAGCGUCCUGGUGGCUGGAGGCUCUUGGAAGCAGAAUACUAAAUUAAAUUGGGCUGCUGAUCUAGCGAUGCUGUUCUUGGGUAAGGUUUCUAGUAUUUUAUUCUGCUCUCUAUUAACAUUUAUUCAUUUCAGCUUAGUCCAGCGAAAAAAGAUCGCUUUCAUCGUCCUCAGAGCUGCUACAAUCUGCCUGGAACAGCCUCUCAGUCAUGGAAAAAUCCAGCUGACUUCUCAAAGGGAGCCAGUCCACUAUCCCCGGAGAAGCUCCGUGAGCUAUACGCUGUGCCACAUGUUUCUGCCUCUAGACCCACUGUGGCAACAUCGCCCCCUGCCUGUACAGGCCCACCGCUGCCACCGCGCAAUGCACCUAAAGGUUAGACAGCAUCGAUAAUGUCCUAUUUCAUCACUGCCUUUAUAGCUACAGAAUUAUAGUGCUAUAACUGCACCAUUCCUAUGUUGGCUAAUUCCCUGAUGUACCAUAAAGGUAAAGGAACCCCUCACCAUUAGGUCCAGUCGUGGCCGACUCUGGGGUUGCAGCGCUCAUCUCGCUUUAUUGGCCGAAGGAGCCGGCGUACAGCUUCCGGGUCAUGUGGCCAGCAUGACUAAGCCGCUUCUGGCGAACCAGAGCAGCACACGGAAACGCCAUUUACCUUCCCGCCAGAGCGGUACCUAUUUAUCUACUUGCACUUUGAUGUGCUUUCGAACUGCUAGGUUGGCAGGAGCAGGGACCGAACAACGGGAGCUCACCCCAUCGUGGGGAUUCGAACCGCCGACCUUCUGAUCGGCAAGUCUUAGGCUCUGUGGUUUAACCCACAGUGAAUUACUGUACUCCCAUUUUGCCUAGGUAGAGAUGUUGGCUUCUGUCUCUCCACAAUGUGCAAAGUGUACCCUACAGCUUUUUUGCAGGGGGGGGUGGCAAAGGUGCAUUAUUCAUAUCCAAUUUUCACUCUGGUCAAGAAUGUAUUUUAAUGGGGAUUUUGGAGACCUAGGAGACAGGGAGGCAGAGGUUGAUAUCUUUUCUUUCACAUACCUCUGUGGGUGUGAAGAAGAUGUAUCUGAUUGCUACUUUCAAGUGUAAAUACUGCCAUGGUGAGCAGUGUCGUGCAUCUCCUAUUUAUAUGCAAACUAUACAAUAUAUCUUAAAUUUUGCACCUAUGGAUGGAUGGCCAGCUCCUUUAUUUUUAGGGCAUGGGUGCAGAACUCAUGGCUGUCCAGACAUUGUUGACCUACAAGUCCCAUCAAGCCUCACCACUGGGCAUGUUGGCUGAGGUUGAUGGGACCUGCAGUCCAACAACCUUCAACAAGAGUGUUAUCACUGACUUUUUCUCUUUUUUUGGUCAGCCCCCAGCUUCCCUCCUCCACUGCCCCCAUCCAGCUGGUCAGUCCUCCCUGCAGACACAGCACCUAGAAAGAUCCUGCCUCCACCUCUGACAAUUCGACAUAAGCGAACCUCCUCAGAGCCCUCUCCCAGCACACCACUCAAUCCUACCAGCCCAACUGCAGGUAAGAGAGCUCACUGAAUCAGCUGAGGAUUGCUGCAUUGAUUAUAAAAAUGAGGAGCAGGAAUAUUUCUAAAUCUAGAUCUAUGGGGGGGGGAGGCUUUAUGCUGAGGUAUAUCGUUGGUCCACUACUGACAUUGACUAGGGACGUUAACUCUUCUUAUUCACAAACUACCACAGGACACCAGUGUGUUAAAAUCUGGAAACAUAGCUCUAGGUAUAUGAAGUUAGGAAACACAGAUGAUUUUUUUCAUACGCCUUCCUGCACCAUUUCUGAAUGUUGAUUAUCUGUGAAUGCUCUUAUACACUUUGAAUAUGUGGGCCACCACAUCUUGCAAACCUGCAAAAAAUAUUAUUUUAAUCAAGAUGUGGCAGGUUCACAAAUUCAGUUCAUCUGGCUAAAAUUCCCUUUAAAAAUCAAAUUGGGUUUAUUUUAGCACAUUAGCUAUUUCUUUAAAAAUGCCCAUCAAUUCAUAUACUGAAUCACUUCAGAAGCAUCCCAAACAAUCCAGAAUGGAGAGAGGAUGAAUGCAUUCUCUUGAGAUAGCAAAUAACCUUCAAGUUGAUUAUAUGAAAGUCAGGGACAUGGCAUGAUAGUGAGAAUGGGCCACAACUAUCCUGAAUGCAUCACUCUAAUUCACAGCCAUUUUGACAUGUCAUUGAUGCUGUUUAGUGUGCACAAGUUGGGGGUUGUUGGGUUUUUGCUGCAGUGACAGGAUUUGUGAAUCUUCUGACAUGUGGAGACGGUUUUAUAAUGCCUUCUUGGUGGAUUCACAUUUUGAAGGAUUUUUGAGAGAUUGUGAGAUGUGUUUUGGGCAUGUGCAUAUCAGAGGCAGGUCAGAACAUUCACAAAAUUAGUCAUCGCGGCAAACAAGGUGGGGGGGACUCAACUGGUUUUACUGUGUCAUCCAAGGAUUGUUUGCUCAUAAGUUUAUGCUAUAGUAAACUGACCUGAUGCUGGCUUGUAAACAGAAAAGUCCCUUUGUCUCUGUCUUAGACCCUAGAUCUUUCUCGCUUCCAAGACGUUAUUCUCCAGAAGGAGCCUCAUCUAGGAGGUUGAGGUAACCAUGGGUGUCUGGGGGCUCCUCCAGACAUCCUUUUUAUUGCACAUUCAUGAUUUGUGCUCAUGAAGCUAUUGGGGCUGUCAUAUGUGAUCCCACUUUCAAUACUGUUUGCAGCUGCAAAUGUUUUGCAGCAGUCUCCUGGCUUCAUUUUUGGCCAGCUCAUAUAUCGUAACUUACUGCUGAAAUUCAGCAACUUUGCAUACUACAAUUGUUCUGGUUUAUUUUUGUCCUGCUUUUGUUGCACUGCCGCACCCCCCUGGACAGCAAUAAUGUGGUAGCAUUGGGGCAGCACUGCAGAACAAACUAAAGCAGAAUAAAUCCACCACUACUGUUGUGUCAAGAACAUGUUGCAGAAUGCCUCUGCGAUAAAACACAGUUGUGGAGGGGCCCUAUGAUGUAGAGCCGAUUGCCUGGUGCACCCCAGCUGUGUUUUGAAAUAGGGUGGUUGGGCAAUCUUUGUCUUUGUCAAUCUGUCUGUCUAUGUAUAUACUGCUCAAGAGCAGAGAAUGAGGUUUUAAAGCAGUUCAGUUAGGGCUCUUCCAGAUUUCCUGUUUGUUCAUCCUGAUUCAUUUGCACAGAAUUUACACGGAGGUUAUGUAAUGUUGCCCAACUUUGCUGUCAUCCCAUUCUUUCCAGUAUACUUUCCUGACCACCAAAAUUUUUGUUUUGUUCUGCAAGAGCACCAAAUUUACUUUAAUUGUGCAAACUGAAGUUUCUGGUAUAUGAUGGAAUCAUACCCGCAAUAUAGUGACAGUAUGGAAGCAACUUUAACUUGCAUUGUGAAUAUAAAACUUAUAUUGGUCAGAAUCCUCAUUUGCAAGACAGCUGCCUUUCUUCUGCUCACCUGUCAGUUGGUAUGAGUUUCUAGGUGGCUGCUGUUUUUCAAGCACAUCGAUUAGGAAAUGAGGGAUUCUUCAAGGUGAAUGAACACUCCCCCCCCCCUUAUUUCCUUUAGUUCUGAUUCUUCUGAACUCCCUGAAGUGGUGGUGGAUUCCUGGCGACAAGGUAAAACACUCUCUCUCUCUCUCUCUCUCUCUCUCUCUCUCUCUCCAACCCCCCCCCCAGCAAAUACCAUCUGAGCUACUUCCUUCUCUCCACUACAGUUCUCCAACAAUAUUUCACAUAUUCUUUCCUUUUAAAGUUGAUUUCUUUUUGAACUUAUGGACUUCUACUAUAUCAUAAGUUUUGUGAAUUUUAUUUUCUUGUAUUCAAUUGCACAAGGUGUUCCUACAUCAGCCUUGUUCUUCCAUUUUGACACCAUUUCAAAAUCUAGAGGCACCUCCAAAUGACCUGUUUAUUGAGCAUUCCUCCUGAUUGCAGUAUGAUGACAGGGCAUUGGCUUUUGAUGAACAUUCAGCCUGACUUGCUUUUGGGGAGGUUAAAUGACAUUGCAUCAAAGCAAAUGCUAUCCACACUUUAAAGUGCAUUUUCCUAUCACUUUCCUUACUGCAAAAAGUCAAAUCUUGGGGGGAAACCAGGUUUGUUGCACAUAACUUCCAGUCACCUAGGAUUGCACAAGCUAAAUUUGCUGUUUUGUAAUCCCACCCCAAAACAGCAACAGUCUGGAAGUGCCUUAGGUGAUAUGUUCCCCUAACUGUUGCAUCCCUGUGUUUCCUCGCCCAAGGUAUUGCUCUGGUUUGCAAGUACUUUGUGGGGAGCUUCUGUUGAAUUGUAGUUCAAUCCUUUCAGAUGUGAACCAGUAUAGUACCAUUGUCUCACUUGGUUCCGAGGUGCUUGUUGGUGAUGUGUAACCUUGCCUCUAUUUAUUACCUGACUGCACCUCCACUACUAGGUGUUUUAAAAUGCCAUCCCUCUUGUUCUGGAUUUUCCUGAAACUGUGUAGAAAUCCUGCUAUACUUGCAAGGUAAAAACCAGGUGUAAAUUAUUAGUACUGUGUCAAUUUUCUUUUUGUCUUUAAACUGUGUGUGGACUGGCUGCAGGGGUAAACUACAACACUUGCUAAUUUCAUUUUUUUAAAAACUGAAAUAUGUAGUAUAUGUAAUGCAACCUUACUCUAGUGCCAGAUUCCACAGAGAAAACAUAAUUUGAGCAGAAAGGGAUGGAGAGGUUUGUUUUUCAUACUUCAGGCCUUGCACAUAGCAGGGAGACAUUUAACCAAUCAUACAGAGGAAAUCUCCUGCAGAACUACACAUUCAAUAAGAGCAUGUUAUACCUCAGCAAACAACAUGGUACUCUGCAUGGUUGCUAAGCAACACCUUAACCUGUCCUCCUCUUAGCUAGUUGACUUCAACACUGAAAGAAUUCACCUACAAGUUGCACACAGAAUGAUCACCCCUGUUGCACUUCCAACAUGAAAUAACACAACAGGGCUGUGUUUUGUGUUGCAGCUGCCUUAAACGAAGAGGGGACAAUUUGUGAGCAAAAUCAACAUGCAAGAAAAAGCCAGUGGACUUCCUCCCCCUCACUGGAAUCAUCCUUUGACUCAUCAGAUGAUGUCCCACCACCACUGCCAAAAAGGGGGGGUUUGGUGUGUUCUUCAUUUAAAUAUACAUUUUCUUACUAAGUGCUUUCAUUUUCCCUCUUCAUUUUAGUGUACUAUUAGCUAAGGAUGGUUGCCUUUCACCGACCUAAGCUGCCUCUGACUACUGUAGGGGUGUGUGUGUGUGUGUGUAUGAAUUAAGCUUCUGAAGAAUGGGGGGUAGUCUGUACACCACUUUUAAUGUGAAAUUGUCAACCCCAGGGAUGUUAUGAAUCACCAAGUGAGCCAAAGCGAUGAGGUAAUGAAAUCUGUCUGUCACUAACAGGAUUCAGGGGUGAAGAAAUUAAUUGCAUGGUGGUGGCCCCUCUCCUUAGCCAUAUUGUGAUGAGGUCUGCAUCACAAUAUAACUGAGAAGAGACUUCACUCACUAAAUUGAUGCCAGUUGCUUGUAAAUGUACCGUUCAGCCCUGCUUGCUAAGAAUCCACAACAAGUUGCCGAAAAUAACAAUUCAAAGACUCCAGUAUGGUUAAGAGCGGUGGACUCGUAAUCUGGUGAACUGGGUUCGCGUCUCCGCUCCUCCGCAUGCAGCUGCUGGGUGACCUUGGGCCAGUCAUACUUCUCUGAAGUCUCUCAGCCUCACUCACCUCACAGAGUGUUUGUUGUGGGGGAGGAAGGGAAAGGAGAAUGUUAGCCGCUUUGAGACUCCUUAGGGUAGUGAUAAAGCGGGAUAUCAAAUCCAAACUCCUCUUCUUCUUCUUUCUUCCGUUCUGAGCAUUUUCUUCUUGCUAUAAAGCUUCUUCAUGUGUAAGUGACUGAGGCCUUCCACAUGAACUACACCUGGGUUGGGGGAACCUGUGGCCUUCCAGAUGUUACUUGACUACAGCUCCCAUCAUUCCUGACUAUUGGUUGUGCUGGCUGGGGCUGAUGGAAGCUAGGAGUCCCAAAAACAUCUAGAAGGCCACAAGUUCCCCCAACACUGAACUACAUUAUCUGUGUCUGCAAGCUUGACAUUGCUUUCUGGUGUCCAUUUUCAGAAACACUCCAGUGUGUGUCGGGUCAGAGCUCUUUAUGACUGCCAGGCUGACCAUGAAGAUGAGCUAACCUUCCAGACCGGAGAGAUAAUUGUAGUAGAAGGACAGGAGGACUCCAAUUGGUGGGUAUGUGACAGUUUCUUCUGGGUGAUUGCUGGGGAUUCCUUAUCAUGGCACUGAUCAUUACCCUACCCCAUGGGACUAGCUCCAGGUUUGAGGGGGUCCUCAGCAAAGUGCCCUGUGGUCAGUGGGCCUUGGCAGGAGUUAGCAUUGAUGGGCUGUGUCAUGCAACAGCUUCAGCACCAGACAGGGGAUCUAUCCACCAUUUAUUUUCAACAAUGCUGCCAGACACAAUUUUAAUUUCCCACAAUGCCCUGGAGCAUGAGGGAAUAUUGUGUAUUGAAUAUUAAAAUGGCAGGUAGACCCAGUACUGCUCAGAAAGUCAGGUCUGCAUUGGCAACGACCCUGGUCAGGGCUCUGGAGCUCCAAUUGCUUCCCAAUGACCCCGGGUGCUGCCUCCAGUCAUCAUAUUGCAUCGCAUCCCAAUCCCAUAAAUAUAGGGAAUGAUGGUCUCAGAAAUACAGUCGUUGUAAGACUUGUAAUUACAAUGCACUGAGGUUUUUCUCUCUGUGUUAAAACUGCCUCACCUUCUGCUCUUUCUUUCUUUGCAGUGUGGCAGGAUUGAAGGGCAGCCUUCCAGGAAAGGUUUAUUCCCAGCAUCCUUUGUUUACAUUCUGCAUGAAUAGAAGGAUGGGUUGAUGAAAGAACACUGUAUUAUUUACUGAAAAUAUAAUCCUCUGCUUUAAGAGUGGCCUCUGACGGCAGCAUGCCAAGACUUCAGUAGCGUUCCUCUCACAUUUACUAACUUGGUCACCAAUCUGUAGGACGACAUGCUGGACCAGGAAUCAGGCUCACUGAUGCAGAAAUGUCAUCAUAGACUAAAGUGCAAUCCACUUCUCAUUCAAGCCACUGGUAAAAUGUCCAUUGAUUUAAAUAGAAUUGUAGCUACGCUGUAUUAUCUGACAAACUCACUGGCCUCUUUCAUACACACUCAGAGUGGCACAGGAGCCCUUUUUUUGGUGGUUCAAUCCGUCAUUGCUAUGGUUUACUUUAUGAAUGCCAGACAUCCAAGAGUGAAGCCAACUCCAUGCAUCUUUUCCAACUGAAUCAUUCUCAAACCUCACAGCUAGGUAAUAAUUGGGUGGGAAAGAUCCUCUAGGUUACCUCUCUAGGUGGUUGCUUCAUUCAUGCACACUCGGGCAGCGGUUGUUCCAUAGGAAAGCAGCUUCCACACUGUGUAUCUGUGAAUGGGAUCAAUAUGUUCCAGGUAUUCUAUUAGGAAAGCUCCACCUCUUCACUGUUACUCCCUUCCACUGCAUGGAAAAAUAGGCAUUUUCAACAAUGUGGAGCUCCCUUUGUGAGUUAGAAGCAUAUAACCUGAAGGACUAAAAGGCUAUGAAGCUCAACCCAAAUGUUAACCAGCAGAAGAUACUUGCUGAGCCUAUAGUUCCUGAUGGCAGAAACAAGUGGGACAAAAUCAUAAUAGCCCCCUUUCAUUGCCCUCCACAAGCUAUGGGAAACAUUCUUUUUGAAUUUCAACAUAGCAAUCAACCAGUCCAUGAAGCAAAAUCCAUCAGCUAAGUCUCCAAUCCCAUGUGCACCCCAUGCAGCAACCUUUUUCUAGUGAUGCAAGGAGCCCCACCUUCCUUUAAAAACAAACAAACCCUCAUAUAAAAUAUAUUGCAGUUUUUGCAAAUGUAUCCCACCCUGUGAAUAAAUUCAGAUUUUGCUGCUUAUAUAACACAAGGAUGGUGAAUCUUUAGCCCUUCAGAUGUUGUUGGAUUUCAACUCCCGGCAUCCUUGCCCUUGCUGACUAUGGCUGAUGGGAGUUGGAGUUCAGCAACCUCUGGAGGGCCAUUGGUUCCUGUUCCUUAGAAGGCUUUCCAAGCCAUCUCUAAUCCCACUCCAAUCUUAACGGGACAGUUUUACCAUUCAUACCAGUGAUUUCAGAAAUAAUAGUUCUAACUGAUCUAAUUACAGGGUGAGUCCUUUAAAAGAGGCCCUGUGGAUACAGAGUACACAUGUUCCACGGAACCUCUAUUAAAAGACUCACCCUGUAUAUCCUUAUUGAACAGCACAAGCAUUAAACACUUCAUUGCAAAUAAAGUAUUACCAUUUCUUUACAUAACAGUAACCCUAUUUAUCUAUUCUUACUAAGACUGCCCAACCUGAAAUAUCCAAGAAUUGCAGUUGACAUCUUUACAGCUGCCUUGCGUUAAUAGAUGUAAUCCGGAUUGCCUGAAUCAUCAGAGCUCUUUCCUAUCUAUCUUUUCAAAUGAUAUGAUUCCACCUGAGAAGAAAAUGUACUGCAGUCCAAAACUGUAUACUAUUUAAUUUUUGUCUCAUGUUUCUUUAUUUCCUAAAAUUUUUGGGACACCUGAAUGCAUGUUUUAUCACCACCACCACUCCUGUAAUAAAUUUUCUUUUGCUUACGUCUCAUGCUGCUUAGUCAAACUACCAAGGGAGAUUGGAAAUCACACUUUUCCUGUGUUACUUCUGAGUGGAAGGUUUUGAGGGAAGUUGAAAACCUGCUUUGUGUGUCAAAUAGUAAAAAGAAAUGUAGAUAUUAAAUAACUUUGUACACCUGCACCAUAUAUAGUUCAACUCAAUAAAAUUACUAUUUAAGAGGA